AUGAUUGAAUUGAGCAACACCGUGUUAGGGUCUUUACUGGUGAUCCUCAUCACCUCGGCGUUGCUUCUAAUCGUCCAUAAAAACUCAACAAAUGUGAUUCCUGGUUUGAAAGUAUCCAACAGAGACCCCACAUUUAUCAUAGCGGGCCCCAGUGGGAGUGGAAAAACGAGCUUGUUUAAUAUGCUGACCACGGAUACCUUUAAGCCUACUUUAAUGUCACAGUCGCCAAAUAUUGCGGAGGAUUACAUGCUGCCUUCAACAUCCAAAAGCUUCAAAUUCAAGCUUAUGGAGUUCCCAGGCCACGUAAAACUAAGAUACCGCCUGUUUGAAGCUUUGAAGGAAUCGACACACUUAAAAGGACUACUGUUCGUCGUGGAUUCCACCGUGGAUCCCCAGAAACUGACGGAGACGGCGGAAUUACUGUAUGAGAUUUUGAUGCUUACUGAAAGGUUUCCCGACGGCGUUGAUAUCCUGAUUGCGUGCAACAAGUCUGAGUCGUUCAGUUCGCGGCCUCCUCUAAAAAUCAAGACGGCGUUGGAAAAAGAGAUCAGCAAGAUCAUAGAGAGAAAGGCUAAAUCCCUAAGCGCAGUCCAUAAAAAUGAUGGUGUUUCCGAUGGAAAUGAUACAGAAGAGGACGUCCAUCCAAACUCUUUAGAAAUCCAAGGUGGCCACCAAUUUACCUUUGAUGCACUAGAUGGCAACGUCACUGCGUCUGCCGGAAGCGUCCUGAAGUGCCAAGUUGACAAAUGGGAGUGCUGGAUUGACGAGAAAUCAGUGAAUUAA